CCGGGCCUGGCGGUUCGAAUUUGAUCCACAGACAGGUAACUUAAGAAUUGCCCUUUGUCACCGCAAUCAAACGUAUAUAAACCCCCUGUUUGACGGACAGCGCUCACCACACAGCCUUCCCUCUCUGCCGGAUCACCUGCACGCGCCUACUGCACGGGGACCAUGUCGCUCUCAUCUGUCCUUUCCGUUGAUGCCAUCGAGAGUGCUAUCAAGGACUGCCAAGCACCAGAUUCCUUUAAUCACAAGAAGUUCUUCCAGCUGUGUGGUCUGACCAAGAAAAGUCCCCAAGAGGUGAAGACCGUUUUCGGCAUUCUCGACAACGAUGGCAGUGGCUACAUUGAGGAGGAAGAGCUCAAAUUCUUCCUACAAAGGUUUUCACCUGCAGCCCGUGUGCUGACCGACAAAGAGACCAAGGCCUUCCUAUCAGCUGCUGACGAUGACAAUGAUGGCAAAAUUGGAGCAGAGGAAUUCCAGGCCAUGGUUCUUUCCUGAAUCAUCAGACUGCUGCUGCCUGCUCCCCUCUCAUUCACAUUUUACAGCACAGCUCAAGAUGUCAUUGUUUUUUGUUUUUGUUUUUUUUUUUCUGGAAACCCCUUGUCACAUAUCAGUGAGCACCAUUUAUAUUUGAUCUUUGAAUAUCUGUAAAGAGAGGGCUGCAAAAGCAUCUCCUAAAUGUACCACUUACAUAAAAUACAUAAUUUUAAGUAAAUAAUAAAAUAAAUGGUUAAAUAUUCUAAACGUUGUCUUUUGGUGUUUGGAUGAUAGAUAGAUAGAUAGAUAGAUAGAUAGAUAGAUAGAUAGAUAGAUAGAUAGAUAGAUAGAUAGAUAGAUAGAUAGAUAGAUAGAUAGAUAGAUAGAUAGAUAGAUACUUUACUGAUCCCGAAGGAAAUUUAGAAAUCAACACAUUACACUGCAGAAUGUUGAAGUGCGUCAAUGGCAAUGAAAACAGGUGGAUCUAACAGUCAAGUAACAGAGCAAUAAAGAUGUGUAAGAAAAAGCAA